AUGUCACUCGUUACCAACCCUGGUGUACAGAACCUGUCUAUAGGGUUACGACCGACAGUUUGGAUGCCAAAAUCCACCUCGAACGAUAACCGAAGCACUCCUCCCUCCGUGUUAGAUGAGCCCGGAUCGCACGCCAGAACUUGCUCCCUCUCCAUCUUUGAUCACGUUCGAUUAAGCAACCCAACGGAUAACUUACGGGGCUGCGUUAUAAACAUCCAUCUGGCACUUUUCCAGAUUGAUGGCUCUGGACCUGAAGCAUCUAUUCACACGAUCUAA